AUGACGUCUAUUAAAGAAGAUGAAAAGAAAGAAAUUCCUGAAUUUAUACACGAUCCCCAAACCAAUUGUACAUAUCAAAGAUUGAGAUUCUUUGGAAAGGGUGGCUUUGCAAAAUGCUACGAAAUACAAGACAUCGCUACAAACCAAGUGUAUGCUGGCAAAAUAGUAUCAAAGAAACUGAUGGUGAAAUCAAGUCAAAAAGAAAAGAUGGCACAGGAAAUAUCAAUUCACCGAUCUCUACUACAUAAGCAUGUUGUUGGCUUCCACAGCUUCUUUGAGGACUCUUUAAAUAUUUAUAUAAUACUUGAACUUUGCAAAAGAAGGUCAAUGAUGGAGUUACACAAGCGUAGAAAAGCUAUCUCAGAACCUGAAACUCGUUUCUAUAUGCAUCAAAUCCUUCUUGGAGUACAGUAUUUGCAUAGCAAGAGGAUCAUACACAGAGAUCUCAAGCUAGGAAAUCUGUUUCUUGAUGAUGACUUACAUGUUAAGAUUGGGGACUUUGGCCUUGCAGCUAAGAUUGAAUUUGAAGGAGAGAGAAAGCAGACUUUAUGCGGCACACCAAAUUAUAUAGCACCAGAAAUAUUGACGAAGAAGGGCCACUCAUUUGAAGUGGACAUCUGGAGCUUGGGCUGCAUCAUGUACACUCUGCUUGUUGGCAAGCCGCCGUUUGAGACAUCCACCCUCAGAGACACAUAUAAAAGGAUCAAGCAAUGUGAAUAUAGUGAGGGGAUAAACAUAGCCCUGCAUGCUUGUUUCGCUGGUCCAUGGCAAGCAAUUGGUUCUAGAUACGCGCAGGCGGUUAUCAACGAUAAUACGCUCAAACAACGUUACAGAAUCCCAUCAACACUCCGCAAGCCAGCAAUAUCAAUGAUUGUCCUCCAGCUACAAUCCAACCCAUCGAGCCGACCAUCGGUAGACAAAUUGCUACAACAUGAGUUCUUCACGUCGGGUAUCAUGCCGGCCGCGUUGCCGCUCUCCUGUCUUACCACCGCGCCUCGGACUGAUCAGUUGGAGGGCAUAUCUCUACAUAGACGACCACUCAUUGAAGUUAAUAGUAAUGAACAAAUGAUGUCUGUAGACUCGCCGGUGAAACGCACGCCGGCCGCUGAGCCGCGAGCGGUCGAGCCUACGUCUCACAGACGGAACCUCCUCGCCUUACGAGAUCAACUGUCUGCUUUGCUUACUAAUAAGCUGAAAUGCCGUCGCGAAUGCCUCAAUGAUGAUAUGAGCGAUCCGGCAGCCCAGCCACUCGUAUGGGUGGGUAAGUGGGUGGACUACAGCGACAAGUACGGCUUUGGUUACCAGUUGUGCGACGAGAGUGUUGGCGUUAUGUUCAAUGAUACUACUAAACUCAUCAUGUUGGCUAAUGGAGUGAAUGUGCAUUACAUCAACCGGCAGGGCCAGGAGCAGUACAUGACCAUGCGUGAAUAUCCACAGGAACUAGACAAGAAGAUGAAACUCCUCACCUACUUCAGACGAUACAUGACUGAACAUCUAAUGAAAGCUGGUGCAUCAGUGCAAGUAAGAGAGAGCGACGGUUUGUCGCGGUUGCCGCACUUACAUCAGUGGUUCAGAACCACUCUGGCUGUCAUUAUGUACCUGACCAAUGGAACUUUACAGAUAAACUUCCAAGAUCACACGAAAAUUAUCUUAUGUCCGUUGAUGCAAGCCGUUACAUAUAUUGAUGUUGAAAAGAACUUCCGAACAUUCCGCUUCAGCACAAUUGAGGAAUAUGGCUGUGAUAAAAAAUUGUAUACCAACCUGACAUAUGCACUAGAGAAACUCAACAGUGUACUAGCUAAUAAACUAUGC